AUUACAGAUGGUAUUACCAUUGGACAUCCUUGUUGUUCAGUCCACAAUUGCUCAGAAGACCUUCCAGCUAUCACUGCUAGGUUCUGCAACACACAUAAAGAGUUGCAGAAUAUCUGCUCUAUUCAGGGGUGUUUUCAGCCAGUCCAACAAGGCUGCCUCACAUGUUCAGAUCCUGAGCACUUAUAUGUUCAAACUAUGUAUGAAGAAAGGGGGAAAUCAAUGCUUCACCUUACCCACUGCCUUGCCGCACACACAACCAUUCAGCCUUCAACUUUGCUUUUGGAAACCGGUCAUUCAAAGUUGGGUCAGUCAUGGACACAUAAUGAACAACUGAUUGUCUGCCCAUGUGGAAUUAUUGUUGCCCAUGUUACUCUCUUUGGUGGUGAAGCAAUCUCAUCUGUGGCUGACAUGCUACAAGUGGUUUUUCCAAUGAAAACCUCGGUCCCUGAUGUGCUCUUCUAUGACAACAACUGCCAUUUACACUGUCACCUUGCAGCUCAAGGAGAUCAGCAUUUUACUGGAAUGGUUCAACCUGUCAAUAUGUUCCACUUCAAGUCAAAGCAUAGUGAGAAUGAUGCUUAUUGUGGACAGCACUGUAACCUGCUCCUCUUUCCAGCACUCUACAAUGUCACUACCAAGUCCUGGGUCUUCAACUCUUCUGCAGCUGAGCAGUGCAAUGUCUGGCUGAAAGGCUAUGAUGCAAUGGUUCAUGACCUUGAUGCCACUUGCUUCAAUUUUUUCUUGGAUGAAAUGAUCAAGGAGCGCAACUGA